CGAAAUAAGGCUUUGCUGAAAUGAAUAGAGAGCCUGCCCUAACACAUCCUUGUUCAACAUUUUAUUAAAGUUUCACUACAGAAUACUGAUCAUAGCAAAUACGUUAUCUUUUAGCUAAGGCUGCUGUACUGUAUUUUUACGCCACAAAAGUAGGCAUAAAUACACAUAACCUUCAGUUCUUUGCCGCCACUUGGUGACAGUCCUGAGUUUUUCAGCACACGAUGAAAUUAGAUACAAAACGAUGGCUCUGAGAGGAAAAAAAAUAACCGUCUUUUAGGAGAUUCGUGAGACAAACGAAACAAAGGACAGGUGAAUCUGAAGACCACAACAGGUGGCAAUUAUAAAAGCCAAAUUCGGUUGCCAAGCGCGCGCGGAUAUCGAGUCUCUUCGGUGGAGUUUUUUUUGUUUUUGUUUUUUUUGAGCGCGGGCGUCUGUGCGUACGCGUCGCGAUUAUGACGUAAAGGCGGAAAUGGGCGAGGCCGUUUGGAAUUUUGGCGCGAGCGCGGAGCGUUGGGUGCCUUCUCGGAAGCUUGGCGCGCUCCUCAGAGGAGGGGGAGGCGGUGGUAGGACUGAGUGAAAACAGGGUUGCUGCUCAGUGAGAAUCCGAGUUUUUCUUCUUUCGCGACUCAGGGGAUUGGGACACAGGAAGAAUUUAAAGAGCCACAAUCAAGUUGGCUCCAGAUUACAGGAACUGGAAGUUACUCCAGCUUUAGAAAUUCAGCUAUUAUACAUGCCAGUACCUCUUGACUGUUCAAGUGCUGAGUCUCAGUUGAGCCAUACUCCUCUGCCAGUGCCUGCCUUCUUCAGGGAAGCAGAAUGCAGUUUUUCCAUCAAAAAGACCCGCCAAGCCCUCAGCUAUACCCUUCCUCCACGGCCACGCCACAAGAGCACAUUAACUGUGAGCCGAAUUUUCUCUGACCGCCGUCUGCAGCCUUGGACUAAGCUCCAGCCACAUAGUGUUUCCUUCCAUAGUUUGCACAAGCAGCAAUCACUUCUACAUAGUCAUCUGUAUGAUGCCUCUAAAAGAGAGUUGUUUUUCAGGCAAUGCUUCCAGAAACUGAGCUGUUUGGGACGAGGAUCUUUUGGAGAGGUAUAUAAGGUACGGUCUCAGGAAGAUGGUCAAUUGUAUGCAGUGAAGCGUUCUGUAGAGCCUUUCCGGGGUGAGGGUGAUAGGCAGCGCAAAUUGGCUGAGGUGCGCAAGCAUGAGCGUGUGGGGCACCAUCCCAACUGUGUGAGCUUUGUACAGGCCUGGGAGGAGCGUGGUCAACUGUACAUCCAGACAGAGUUGUGCCCGGGCACCCUGUUGCAGUACUGUGAGGAAUGUGGGCCUCUGUCCGAAUGGCAAGUUCAGGCCUUUCUCUGGGAUAUGCUUCAAGGACUGCGCCAUUUACAUGAUCGUAACCUUCUACACAUGGAUAUCAAGCCAGCUAACAUCUUUCUAUCAUCUACCAAUGUCUGUAAGCUGGGCGACUUUGGGCUAAUGCUGGAGUUGGACUCUGGGGAUCUGAAAGAUGCUCAAGAAGGGGAUCCACGAUAUAUGGCCCCGGACCUGCUCCGUGGAGAAUAUACCAAGGCUGCUGAUGUCUUCAGUCUAGGCAUAACUAUCCUAGAAAUUGCCUGUAAUAUGGAGCUCCCCAAUGGAGGUGAAGGCUGGCAGCAGCUUCGACAGGGUUAUUUGCCUCCAGAAUUCACUGCAGGUCUCUCGGUUGAGCUGAAAAAACUUCUAGUUGCCAUGUUGGAACCCGAUCAUUUUCUCCGGCCCUCAGUGGAGAUGUUGCUUAAUUCUAGUCUCAUGCAGAAAACUGAGAAGUGGCGAAAACUCAUGUUGUUAGCGCAAUCUGGAAUCCAGCAGGGUGUCUCCAUGUACAAGGCUCUCCUCAGGUUCAUACGGUGGCUCUGGGGAGCUCUGUGCAGUCCAGUUCAGUGGUUGCUCUUUUGGCAUCAGACUGUUCCAGUUACACCACCACAUUCACCCUUUCUUCUUCCCCUGGAAAACAGCAGUCUCUCUAGUGACUGGGGUGAAGAAGAUGAGGGUGAUGAAGAGAGCUUUGGUGAGGCUGUACUUGAUCUCUCUGAGAUAAAUGAACGACAUAAUCACACUUGCCCUGUGGAGCUACAGUCCUUAGAUAAACAUCCUGGUUCUCCCCUGCUUACCAUAUGCCCAUGUGCAGGAAGCACCUCCACACCACGGCAUCCCUCACCCCAACAGACUGGUUGCAGGAAAAACAGGUCUUUUACUCCCCAGGGAAGUCCCAACUUUAGUUGCAUUAGUCUGAAGUCCCCAUGCAGCAGCCCCAUUUCAUCAAACAUAUUACCUGCGAAUAGCUUGCAGCACACACCAGCAUAUGAGGAUACAGAAGAUGAAUGGGAAUCGGUUUUACCUCAAUGCUCAAAUAAGUGCUCCACUUUUGAGCCAAAAAAUUUGUUAAACUUAUUUGAGGAUUCUCUGGCAUCUCAGCAAAAAUGUCAGAGCUGAUGGAGGAACUAUAUUUAUUUGCUGGUUUGCUUAGGCCCUUUUUUGGAACAAGAAGAGGUUCUUGCCAUUAACGUUAUGCUAGAGGUCAAUAUGCUCAGAGUUUUGACCGAGAUCAGACUAGCAAAGGAAAAGCAAGUUUGUAUGGAUGCUUUGCUUUGUGUACAUUUUACCUAUUUAAGCCAUAUAUAAGGCUGCUUUUGAGAUGAUUUAAGAAUAGUAUUUUGCUGGCAAUCAGUAGAAAGCAGAUCAUACUCUGUCAUCAUUUAAGGGAAAAGGCAUCCUACUUUUAUACAAAUUUGAUGCUUGAAUACAUUCUGUACGCAUUUCUUUUUAAAGUUUUGUCCUCUUCUGUUUGUGUCCCAAAGAUUUGUUGUCAUUUGUGGAAUUGGACUUUAAGUAUCAGAACUGAAUAAUCUUUCAUAAUGAGAUUUUACAAAGGUGGCAGCUGUAAGUCAUGACAAUAAAAACAUUCAGAAUUUCCAAUUGGUCUGUUUCCUUUUUUAAAACAUGGAUGGAGUCACUGAAGCAGUAGGUGUGAACUUAAAUGGACUCCAGAAGAUGGUAGAGGACAGGAAGACCUGGAGGAACGUCCAUGGGGUCGCGAUGGGUCAAACACGACUUCGCAAUUAACAACAACAUAAAGUAAAACUCCAUUAAGGAAAAAAAAGACUUAAAGGAGAUGUUAUUUAAAGCGAAGUCUAAUAGACGAUGAGGGAAAAUAUUUGAGUUUUUGUUUAAUGGAGGGAAAUCUUGAAAAUAUAGACCUUCAGAGAAGUGACUGCAAACUCUGCACAUUAUUAGCUGCCCAUAUUUACUGUCUCUUGGUUUCAGUAUUUUCCAAUCAGAUUAUAUGAGAUGCCUAUUCUUACUGGUUAGAGAAAAAGGUGACUGGUGAUUAAUAAAAAAAUGUGCUUUUCUGAAAGCCUGUUCAUUCUACUUUAAUGAGCUUCAAUUAGGAUAUAUUUAGAAUGCAAAUAUUUUCUUAUUCUAGAAUAUCCAACUGGGAGCCUGAUGAAUGUAUGCAUCAUUCAGUAGCAAAAAAGUCUGUACAGUAUCAGCAUGAAAUUUGCCACCACAGUUAAGCAAUUCCUGUCCUGCUUCUGUGGCAUCUGUUCUGGCUCACAGAAUGGCACUGCUUUGAUUUUAUGUAUGCAGUACAUCACAAUCAAAGCAGUCGGCUGAUUUUUCUGGCUGUAGUAGGAAAAAUAGCUGGCAACCAAGGCACUACAGGAAGGAGUGGGGAGGGAUAAUCUGGUUGCAGGUAGUGUUUCUGUAGGCUGACUAUAUUGUAUUAUAUUGUAAUCCAUACUGAAGUUAAAAAGUCACUGCAGAAGCUGACUUUUUUCUUUGCUUCCUUUCCCUUCAAUAGGCAAUACAUGUGAACUUCCAGAUUGCUCUGCUACUUAACCAACAAAGAGGCAAAAAGUACACUAAUGCUAUCAUUCUGUUAUUAGAUUAUUUCAGCUUCACAAUAACCUGGUAAAAAUGAUAAAGUCAAAGUAUUGCUAGCUGAACAGUCUAGUCCAGUCCUGUUGUAUAAUUCUGACAAACUAUCGGCACAGUGCUGCUAUAUCUUGCUUUUUAGGGAGACAACAGAAUGGCAGCAGGCAAUGUUGACUAGAAAAGAAGGAAGAGGACAUGCCCCAAAAGCUUGAAAUAGGCAAUAAGCUUCUUGUAGUUUCCAUCAGUAUUGACAACCUGAUUUAAUCUCUAAAACAAUAGGUGACAAAUAGAUUUGUGGCACCUAUUGGGAAAUGAAUGUGUGCUAAAACCAUUCCAUUUGUCAAAAUACUUAACAUAGUUUUCCAAUGCUAAUCUUAAAUUUCAGUAGCAAGAGUUCCGGGAUACAAGAUAAGGUGAGAAUAAUGAAAUUUAAGGCAAAAAUACCUUAAAUAUCAGUCGCAACUCUCAACCAACAUAUUCUGGAACUGAUUUUGUCUAAUUGUGUUAAGUUAAUCUAUUUACUUGAUGAAGAGGUCUUAGAAAUUCCAAAACUAACAUCUUAUUUUCUAAAAUUUAAGUUGCUCUAAUAAAAAUCUUUCUACAUUUUUUUUUCUUUUAGCCAAUAUAAAUGCUUCAUAGCUGAUUUAAAUCUUAUUCGCUCUAGCCUAGAUUGUAAGAGGAAUGAGGUGUUAAAUUUUUGUCCAGGCAUUGAAUUCCAGAGUCUGAAAUUCAACUCAAAUAUUUGUAGAUAUUUUAAAAACCUAAAGUACAAUUUUUAAAGCAUCAAGCGAAUACAGGGUACAAAGUCCUACUCCCUUUCAGCCAAAUAUGAUGAAACUGUUAGAAUGUAGUGAUUUAACUGAAAAAUAAAUUUUCAAUAAGCAGGCUAUUAGCACUGAACUGAUCUAUGUCUCACUAAACAUUUUUUGUAGUUAAGUUUUUAUAAAACAUGCAGUUGUUUUAUAAAAAUAUAGAGAAAGCUUGUGGUAAUUGAAUCUUCAACCAUACUUAUUAUUUCCAAAAGAAAUGUGGUCCCUCACUUGUGAAAGAUUCCAAUUAGUUCCAGUCAGCACAAUAAUUUUAGCUGAACCACAAUUCAAAAUCAUACCCUUAGCAGCAAUUCAUUCAAAUGUAGAGAGACAGUAAAAGCUGUCAAUGUGAAAGUAUUUAAGACUCCAUUUCCACUGCUUCAGAAUGAAAUCUGAUGGUUACUCUAACAGACAUGAAGGAGGCAUCUGGCAUUGAGGACAGCAUAGCCAUCAUAAGCUGGAAAAUUUCAAGAGAUUUAGAGUAGCAGUUCAUUUCUUAUCUAAGCCCCAUUUUAAACAUUCUUUAUCAAAAGCCCAAAUCUGCCUAAGUUUUUUUUUUCAGCCUUUUUUAAAAGAUUCUGGAUCUUAAGUAUUUAAAAUUCCCAUCUCUCCCUCCCUCCCAUAUGAAGUGCAUUUUUGGAUGUGCCUUGCUCUUUUAUUUUAAAGAUAUGUGAAGCUUCAGCUUCAGAAGCUGUGAACAUCAGCAAUGUCCAUCUACCCUGAGAUAACAAGAGACAAGACUUGAUUAGCAGCAGAUUAAAUCCUCUUCCAAAAUAGCUGCAUGACACAAAAUUCACAUUCUAACAUGGAAGCUUUAGGUCAAUACUUCCCUUUUCAUAACGUUAAGAUCUACUUGCAACCUAAAACACAGAAAUUGUUUAACCUUCACUCUAUUUCUUCAAAAACUUGUUUGACUCACUUUUCAGCUUGUUAAGUUACAUCAGACUCUUUCGUGUUUUAUCCUGGUUACCUUCUCUAAAGAAGAUACAUCCAAAGUAACACAUUGUAUAGACUAAUAUAAGUUUUUUCCCAAUUCUUUUAAAAAUCAAAAUUAGUCUCUACAUCUAAAUCUACAUGAUUGUUUUUCAGUCUGGCUAGUUUUAACAAGGUAGAUUUACAGAUGCAGGAGGACAAUUUUGAUCUUUAAAGGAAUCAGAAAUGAUUUAUUUUAGUUGAUAUGUUAGUCACAGUAUCAUCCUCUACCCUUUCCAAAUUUCUUUCCUUGGAGAAAGGGCUUCCCACUGCCACUUAUAUUCUUAGAAAGAUACAAGUAGAUUUUUUUUUCUUAUUUGACCCUAAAUUAAACUAAAAUCCAAAUAGGUUGGCUUACUAUACACUGAAAACUAGUUUUCAGUAAAGGUCACAAUAUGCUUUAACCAUUUUCUUAAAUGUUUUGUGCCUCACUCACUAAAACAAUAUGAAGUAACUUGUGCUGCAUAGAAAAUAUAGAAUUCCCCCAUUCCAAGGAGAACCCCUAAACAUAGCUUUUUAAAAGCCAAAUUACAGUGAUUUACAUAAAUGCAAAAUAUAAAGCGCUACCAAAUAUUGAAUAGGUUGCUUGAUUUAGAUGUAUUUUGAGGCUAAACAAAAAAAACCCUGAUUUUAAGAUUUGUCAUAAAACAAACAAAUUCCACUUGAAAAUCCAUUUUACAUUGAAAGUAGCAUUAUGCACAAUUAUUUUGAGUGUUCAGAUGUGGAAGAUCACCAGGGCCUACAAGAUCUCACAUACCUCACCCCUAUUUAGACAUGCAUCAGGACCUAAUAUUGUUCAGCAGGCUAAGGACUAUGCGCCAAAUUUAGGUAUCUAAAAGAAAUGCUAGUUCUCCCGGUUCCUAAUUUUAAGCCAAGAGAAGGACUUCAAAGGGAUUGUAAAAUGUUUGCUAAAAUGCUGUUUUGAUCCUCAACCAGCCACUUCUGAUUACGUUCUCAAAAAGUACCCCCUCCCCAAAAAAUUCUGACCAUGGACCAGUAGUUAAAAACUUAGUUCUUCAGAGGAAGAAUUGAUCUCAGGAUUCUAUUUGAAUCAAAACAAAUCAAAUUAGAAAGCAAAAUCUUCAGAAUGCAUCAAUUCAAGAAGCCAGUGAAAGAAAUGAACCAAAAUCUAGAAGCUAUAGUUAAUGGACCAGUCAGGACAAUAACAAAGGGGAAAAGAUAAUAGCACUUGCCUAUUAUUGAUUACUGCAAUUGCAGCAGCCAUAUCAAUGGAGUAGAAAGUUCUUCCAAAUUCAUACAAAACUAUAAAGCUCUGAAAAGCAUUGGUCUGGUCAGGGUAAAAUUGGAAUGUGGUAGCAGAAAAAGAAUUCCAAUCUAACCAUAAAUAUUGUACACUGCCAAGAGAUAGGAAACUGAGGUAUGCUGCAAAAGAGUCAUGGCCCUAAAGUUGAUGACAGUACCCAAAAAUUGAAGUCAGGACUCCUCAAUUUCAACUUAAAUCCAGUUUGAAGGCUCCUGAUUAUCCUUCUGACAGGUAAAGAAAAACUAAACUAUGCAGCAGAGCUUAAUAUUCUGGUGUCUGACAAGCCCUUUUAAAAAUCAGAAAGUAUUGCAUGGUGUCUGAAAGACCUGGAUAAAAAGUAUUAAGAAACUGCCUCUAAAAAGCAGAGAAGUUGCACUCAGCUCCAACAUCUUCUACUAAGAAUGUCUCUCUUUUCCCACUGCCCAUGUCAUCUUCAAUGCAAAUGGA